AUGUCUUUCCUUGGACGAUCCAACGCGCCUUCAGGUGCCAUCAACACAGAACGGAUCGAGAUGGCCGUCAGCGAAUUGGAUAUGGUGACAGACGUCUUCAACAAAAUAGUCACGUCGUGUCACACGAAGUGCAUCAGCACGCGCUAUGCAGAGGGCGAUUUGAACAAGGGCGAGAGCGUAUGUAUUGAUAGAUGCGUCGCGAAAUUCUUCGAGGCGAACAAGAAGGUUGGGGAGCGGUUGCAGAGUGUAGGUGCAAACGCUAUGGGAUCGGGAGGCCCAAUGGGCGUGUGA